AUGGCUACGCCGAAAGUUACAGACAAAAAGAAGACAAAAAAGGGCGGAUUUAAGUUCAGAACUUUGCCUGCUCAUGCCUAUAAAGGAAAGGAGAAAAAAAUUAAACAAGACUUAAUUUUUAAAGCCAAGGUGAAAAAAUCCUUUUAUAAGUCAAUAAAAAAUGAGCAUGUUGACGAUAAGCAAUUGAAAAGAAAAAAAGCAACCCAUAAGAAUGGUCUUCAAGCCGUUUUUGACAAACAAAAGGAAGCCAGAAAAAAAAGGGAGGAAGAACGACUUGAGAAAUUGAGAAAGAAGGAGGAGAUUCAAAAGAAAAAAGAAGACAGAGAAAAGCAAAAGAAGAAGCUUCGGGAGCGGACAAAAAGUGGACAGCCGGUUAUGAAAAACCAAAUGAGUUACCUACUGGAUAAAAUCAAACGUACUCAGGACAAUUAG